UAAGACGACAAUAUUCGCCAUGUGCUCGCAGGCUUCACGCGUAUGCGCAAGUUUCGAUCCACAAACAUAUUGAUAAAACGAUAUAAAGACCGAGAACAUAUGACAGAACACUAUCGCUGUGUACACACUUGUAAUAUAGUGAAUGAGUGCCGCGUCGAUUUCAUAAUGUAAAGUGAAUGUGUGAUUGACUCUUGUGGAAUUGAGUUAUCAGUGAAUCCAGUUAGGGAAAUAUAAUCGGAACAUUUGCUAAUUUUAAAUAUAUAAUAAAUUUAUAUAAUAAUAAUAAACCAGCUAUACCUAUUAAUAUUACAACUUACCGGGUUCACUCGAACGUAAUCUUUGAGAUGUUAAUUGGAAACAUUGAUUAAUUAAUCUCAAUUUGAAUUAAAACGUUGUAUUUUGUUGCUUACAUAAAUUAAAUAGCAAUGUAUUCAUCGAGUAGAGACAUUUAAUAGAACAAUUUUUUUUAUUUUUAUAGUUAAAAUUACCUAGAUAUCUCUUUACAUCAUUGCGGCUAUAAAAAGGAACACUUAGGACCAUAUUUUAACCCUAGUCACCAAAUCUUUGUACUUGAAAAUGGAUGAAAAUAAUCAAGUGCAGGCGCAUAACCUGCUUGGUUUGAAAACACAGAUUCCAAAAAGGAAAGACACCGCUUUGACACGCACCUUGCGAUCAUGCUGUUUUAUACCCCAACGCUAUAUAUUAGGAGUAAUGGGCCUCCUCGGAGUCUGCAAUGCGUAUACGAUGAGAGUUUGUCUCAAUUUAGCCAUAACACAGAUGGUAAACCGUACUAAGACCGGGGACGAACAUUUUGACCCAUAUGCUUGCCCUGAUGACGUAUUACCUGGUAAUGCAACAUCAGUAAUUCAUAAGCCAUACGCGAUUUUUGACUGGGAUGAGAAAACACAAGGCCUUAUACUGAGUGGUUUCUACUAUGGAUAUGCAGCAACCCAAGUGCCAGGUGGUUACUUGGCAGAGAAGUUCGGAGGUAAAUGGACUCUGGGAGUUGGUUUACUUAGCACUGCCUUAUUCACGUUCCUUACACCAAUUGUUAUAAGAGGCGGUGGAGCCAUUUGGCUGUUCAUACUUCGAGUUCUACAAGGGAUGGGCGAGGGUCCAACAAUGCCAGCACUCAUGAUCAUGUUAGCAAGAUGGGUGCCACCGCAUGAGAGAUCCUUCCAAGGAGCGCUAGUCUUCGGUGGAGCUCAAAUAGGCAAUAUCUUCGGUUCCUAUAUGUCUGGCAUACUACUAGCCGAUGGUAGAGACUGGGCCUAUGUGUUCUAUUUCUUCGGUGGAUUCGGCCUUGUGUGGUUUUUAUUGUGGAGUCUCACCUGCUACAGUACGCCGAACACCCAUCCAUACAUAUCGAAAAAAGAACUAAGCUACCUCAACAAAAGUGUUACAACAGCGGAGAACAGUUCGCUCAAAGAUCCAGUUCCUUGGAAAGCCAUAUUGCGGUCCGCGUCAGUGUGGGCCCUUGUGUGGGCAGCUGUUGGCCACGACUGGGGUUACUACACAAUGGUGACAGAUUUACCGAAAUACUCUCACGACGUGCUUAAAUUCAAUAUAGCGACCACCGGCACCCUCACAGCGCUGCCUUAUAUAGCCAUGUGGUUAUCUUCCUUCUUGUUCGGCUUCGUUUGUGACUUGUGCAAUAAGAAAGGCUGGCAUACAAUCAAGACUGGGAGGAUCAUUCAUACAACUAUAGCUGCAACUGGUCCAGCUAUAUGCAUCAUCCUAGCAUCGUAUUCAGGAUGUGACCGUACGGCGGCUAUGGUGUACUUCAUUGUCUCCAUGGCGCUUAUGGGUGGAUUUUACAGUGGAAUGAAGGUGAACGCGUUGGACCUCGCACCCAACUACGCCGGCUCACUCACCUCACUCGUCAAUACAACUUCCACAUUCGCCGGCAUUAUCACUCCAUACCUUAUUGGGUUGUUAACACCUGACUCAACUCUUGCGCAAUGGCGAAUAGCGUUCUGGGUUUGCUUCGCAGUACUAGUCGGCACAAAUGUAAUAUACUGCAUAUGGGCCGACGGUGAACAACAGUGGUGGGACGACGUAAGAAAGUUAGGCUACCCACCAGAUUGGAAGCAUGGCUCUCUUCUUCGCGACGAGAACCCAGAACUACCAGAAACGGUACAACUAAACAGCAAAAAGGAAUCUGAAGACUUAUAGAACUAACCUUGUUGAUUAACAAAGUACUUAAAUUGUACUCUAGUAGCACAAAAGAAAGACAAAAUUAAUUAGAAACUUCACAUGAAUAUAAUAGCAAUGUUAAUGCAAAAUUAAUUUAUAAAAAAAUCUAAUAAGGAAAGUAAUUAUUAUUUUUUUAUCGAGAAAACAAAAACAAUUUUGUUUAAAAUAAUAUUUUUAAACAAAACCGUUUGUAAUUGUAAUAUUGUUUUACUUGAUUGUUGAUUCUUUUGCUACUGUAUUUGUUAAAAAAAUAGAAAACAAGAUAUAACUAUUCAUAGUUAUCAAUAACAGAGGAAUUUUUACCAUGAAUAAUAAUUUAAGCUAGUCAGUGAUGAUUCAUUGAUGUAUUUGAGCCAUAGUAGUUAUACUAAUACUCCUAGAGUAAUUAAUUAUUAUAAUAUAUAAGGACAUUGAAAAACCACCCAGUUCAUAAAAUGUACAUAUCGUACUUUUACCUAGCAUUAGUUAGAUCUGUGAAUUUAUGUAGAUACAUUUGAUAAUAAAAUUUUAUAUUUUAU